AUGGGCCCCCUCCAGGCCCCCCCGCAGACCAGCGCGCCAAGCAAGCCCCUCCCACCCCCCCACGCCGCGCACGCCGCCAUAGAACCACCCCACAAGCGGACGCCCCCGACCGAGACGGCCCCCCAACACACCCCACGACACUAUCGCGCCCCAAGUCAGCAGGGCCCCAGGCCGCCCACCCGAAGUUCGCCCACCCCAGGGGCGCCGGUCCCCCAGGCCCCCGCCAUGGGCUUCCCCGCCACCCGCGCCCAAGCCGACCCCCAGCCCCCCCAUACCCUAGGCCCGCCCCCAUCCCCCCCCAUCCAAAAUUGUCGCAACAGUAGACAAGUCUAUCGAAACAAAUCACUCCCAUCCAGCCAACCCACGGCAAAAAACACCGCCCCGUCCAAUCACUAA